AUGGGGACGGCGCUGGAUGCGCUGACCUCCCCUCCGCAGCCCUUGAACUCGCGCCGGCCUGCAGCCCCGACGCUGCCCUCCUUUGAACUGCCGCCCCCUAACUUCCAAAUCGGCUCCGGCGUCACGCCCAAGUUCCUCUCCCAGUCCAACGUCCAUCCACCGCCCAACGUCAGCGUGGGCAAUCUUCUCACUCCUCCGGCCACCACGCAGCCGGGUGAAAGCAUCAGUCCGGUCCAAGCAAAGCCGCCCACGACGGCUACCACCGCGGCCGCUGCGGCGGUUUCUGCUGCCGAUCUGCCUUCGUCUUAUGCGUCUGCGUACUGGCCGGGGCAGAGUCCAUACGGUGGUCCAUCAGGAACCGCAGCCCGCCACUCGUGGACACCAGGGGCCAAUGCAUCUUAUCCCCCGCGCGAAGCAUACCACACUUCACUCAACCAGUUGACUCGAAAUCCAGCCACUUCGGGCUCCUCGGCGGAAGCCAUGUCACAACCAUACGAUAUGCAUCAACUACCUCCUUUCCAGCAAUCUCUCUCCGUUUCCUCACCGAACGUCACGGGUCCGGCGAUUCAGCAUCAACAAGCCAUGGCGCACGCCAUGAUGAGCGCCCACGGUGCGCCCCCGCCAAACGCGACCUCUUCCCAUCAGCUUACAUCGAACGAUCCUUACGCGGGUAAAUCCCACUCGGCUCCGAUUUACGGGAGUACCCCGCAAAUCCAGAACCCGCAGCAGGCGGGCUAUAUAUACGGACAAUCCGGGCUAGGAAUGCACCCGACCGGACGAAUGGCACCAGCAACAAGUCCGGCAGAUCCGUCCACAGCACAACCACAGCUAGGAUAUCGACAACCGUGGCCGUCAUAUUCUCUACCCGCGAUGCCGGGGCCGGUCAAAACCAAUCUCCACAGUCCAAACAGUCACAUGUCUUAUCUAUCGGGCAUGCCGCCGGUCAGCAUUCCACGGGAAUUCAACAGUGGAUACGCGGCCAGUAUGCAACAGAUGUACGGGUCGCACCAACCACCCGGCCAUGGGGCGACAGCGGUCUCAAACGACCGCCCAUUCAAAUGCGACCAGUGUCCGCAGAGCUUCAACCGGAAUCACGAUCUCAAGCGACAUAAACGCAUCCAUCUCUCGGUGAAACCAUUCCCGUGCACCCAUUGCGACAAGAGUUUUUCGCGAAAGGAUGCAUUAAAGCGACAUAUCCUCGUCAAAGGCUGCGGCAAAGAAACCUCAUCCGACGGCGCGAGUUCAAAUCCCCCCAGCAUCAAACACGAAGGCGGGGGAGCAGCCAAAGAGUCCUAG